CUGAGUGGGCCUAUCAAAGUUCGACCUUCACCGUUACCCCGAAAAUUGCAUAUUUUAUAAUGGACAUGACCUACUGAUAACGUCAAUGCGCACACGUGUUCAACAAACAGCACAAUUCAAUUCCCUGCGUGUACCGACAAGAAGACAGUAGAUGCCGUCGUGACCUAUCCGCUAUGACGUUUUUAAAACUGUGUAGUGCACAGCCACCAGCAUUGUAUCGGCAAUACGCUGGUAGAGCUUUCAAAUCACAGCUCCAUUACACCAAUGGAUUCGCAUCGCAAUUGGGACGAAAUCACUCCUCGGCACCCCUGCUGCGCACCGCACAACGACCACAACUUACUCAACUCAUCAAGUCCAUACAUCCAAGGUCACUACAGCCCAGCUUCGGAGUCGCAACGGCAACAGCGUCACAAGAUGCGCCAUCAAAAACACUUCCAAGCUAUGUGCCACCAACUACCGGUGUUUUGUCGUAUCUGCCACAGAAAUUCGUCCCGUAUGGCGAAUUGAUGAGACUAGACAAACCUACCGGGACCUACUAUCUCUUCUUUCCGUGCAUGUUCAGCACACUCCUCGCUGCCACCAUGGCCAUACCUGUUGCCACGCCUUCCGCAGUCCUAGGAACGACAGCCCUCUUCUUCACCGGUGCACUCGUCAUGAGAGGAGCCGGAUGUACUAUCAACGAUCUCUGGGACCGGAACCUCGAUCCACACGUUGAACGAACAAGAUUACGACCAAUUGCUAGGCGAGCCAUUACUCCUCUGCAAGCUCUCGUCUUCCUUGGUGGGCAGCUUACGACCGGUCUUGCUGUACUUCUUUCUUUUCCAGCUGAAUGUUUCUGGUACGCUACGCCGUCACUUAUGUUCGUUACACUCUAUCCUUUGGCAAAGCGAGUCACGUAUUAUCCACAGUUCGUCUUGGGCCUUACGUUCUCCUGGGGUGCCAUGAUGGGAUUUCCUGCGCUGGGCGUCGAUUUACUUACGAACCAAGCGGCGUUGAUUGCGGCUACAUGUCUAUAUGCCAGCAAUGUUGCAUGGACUAUUCUAUACGAUAUGAUAUAUGCCCAUAUGGAUAUCAAAGACGAUGUCAAGGCUGGCAUUAAGAGCAUCGCGCUCAAGCAUGAGAAGGAAACGAAGCAGGUACUCUCGGGCCUCGCUGUUGUUCAGCUUGGUCUGUUAUCCGCCAUGGGAGCCGCAGCAGGGCUUGGGCCAAUAUUUUUCGUUGGCUCAGUUGGUGGUGCAGCCCUCACACUAGGCACUAUGAUUCGCCGAGUCAAGCUGAAGGAGGUCAAGAAUUGCUGGUGGUGGUUCGUCAACGGCGCGUGGUUCACAGGAGGUGCCAUCAGUCUGGGUCUCGUAGGGGAAUAUGUCGCGCAUCUGCUUGGUUGGUAUGAAGAUGCUGAGAAGAAGAAGGAGUAGGGAAAGGUGUAUAUUAGUGUCUAAUGCAUUUUCCACAUAAUAGGUAGAGUUGUUGCGCGGUUAUGCGACGAGAUUAUUUAGCUCUACGAAAGAAAGAGAACCCCCAUAAGAAUGGGCUAGUGUACGCUUUUCGUCCGUGACAAUAAGACAAACUCCUGUCAACUGGAUCAUACACGUCAACCACUGUCGUC